CGGUUCUGCCUCUCUGAUGCGCAGCAGCACCACAUUAAGCAUCCAGGCCUACAUGUUGUGCGACUUUGUAUAUGUACAUAUAUUUAAAUGCGUACAUUUUCGCAUGUGUACAGAGAGUCGGAUUGUUGGAUUGAUUAUUGAGUCAAGUGGAUUGAUUGGCUGAUCAUAUACUCUGAGACACAAACCUCUAUAUCAGCGGAUAGAUCGAAAAGAGAGAGAGAGAGAGAGAGAGAGAGAGAGAGAGAGAGAGAGAGAGAGAGAGAGAGAGAGAGAUUGGUCGAUGGCGCAGCAUCGUCGGUUGAUAUCGAAACCGGUGGUUCGGAGAUUGCUGCAGCGAUGGCGGGCCGUCAAUCAUGUAGGAGAGGAGAUGGAGAUGAAGAAGACGGUGUAUCGCAGCUCAUUGGCGAUGGCGACAGGAGGACAAGCCAUUCCCACAGCGGAAUUGUAUGCGGGGAGGAUGACGAAUUGGAUGAAGAGCAGAGGACUACCGCCGGCAGGUGGGAACACAGCAAAACGUCCUCCUUUCAGUUCCUGUCGGUGUCGCAGUGAGCGGUCUGCGGUGGUUGGUGUUGGCAGCAGGGCAGCUAUGGUGGCUGCUGGGGAAAGGGUUGAGAGAGUGGUGGGUGGUUUUGACGUUUGCUCGUCAAAAUUCAGUGGUAGAGUGGAUAGAGCUUCAUCGGUAUUGGACCCAUCCUUUCUUCCAUCGGCAUUGUCCAGUCAACGACGGUCCUUUCUCAGUGUCGGCGAUGGAGAUGAAGACAAGGAUGUAUCGAGACGUCACAAGGAGGAGCGACUCGUAGGGUACUCUCCGGAACAAUUAUUUGCAGUCGUUGCAGCCGUCGAUCUGUACGAGGACUUUGUGCCCUGGUGUCAGAGUUCGAAAGUUCUUUGGCGUAAAGGUGAAGGCGAGUUCGAAGCCGAGCUGGAGAUUGGUUUUAAGCUCUUCACUGAACGCUAUGUCUCGCAUGUGACCAUACGGAGGCCAACUUUGGUGAAGACGGUUGUUUCACAGAGCAAUCUUUUCGUCUACCUGGACAACGUGUGGGAAUUUCGACCUGGCCCAACUCCAUCAUCUUGUUUGGUGAAUUUCUCAGUAGAUUUCCAGUUCCGUUCACCACUUCACCGCACGCAGGUUGCGAAUUUGUUUUUUGAAGAGGUUGCAGAGAAACUUGUGUCAUCAUUUGAAGACCGAUGUCGGGAGGUGUAUGGCCCGUCCAUGAACCCGGUAGCAGCGUCUGCCAGGUUAUAACAGCUUGUCGCUGCUGCUGGAUGCCUAGGCAGCAGAGCACCG